AUGAAUAAAUUCAAUCAUAUCUCAUAUAUUCUUGUUCAUUUUAGAACCAAAAGAUUGAGGAAGCCUUCUAACUAUCUAAUUAUAAAUUUAGCUGUGAGUGAUAUUGUAAUGAUACACAAGAUGAUAAUUUUCAUUUAUAAUAGUUUUAAAGGAGGACCUGCUGCUGGAUCAGCAUGGUGUACAUAUUAUGGAUUGAUGGGUGGUUUGUCCGGAACAUCCUCCAUAAUGACGAUUUCGAUGAUGUCCGUUGAGCGAUACUUAUGUGUGUCUCGUCCACUGGAUCCUAACUGUAGGAUGACAAAAAUGAAGGCUCUACUCACUGUAGUAUCUAUAUGGUCUUAUGCUGCUUUUUUCAGUUGUAUGCCACUCUUCGGUAUCAACCGAUACGUCCCCGAAGGCUAUUUAACCAGCUGCAGUUUCGAUUAUUUGAGCAAAGACGUGAAAAGUCAAGUUUUUAUUUUGUUGUUUUUUGUAGCAGCCUGGUGCACGCCAAUCCUUAUAAUAUGCUUCUGCUACGUUGGUAUAUUAGUGAGUGUUCACCACAGCGAGCGUAGUUUCCGGGACCAAAUGUCUAAUUUUCAAACACCUGAUGUCAACGUCGAAAAACGAAAGAAAACUGAAAUUAAGCUUGCCAAACUUUCGUUCCUGUUAAUUUCUUUAUGGACACUAUCUUGGACACCUUAUGCAAUAGUAGCUUUAGUUGGAUUGUUCUCAGAUGGUUCUUUAAUUACGCCCCUAGCAUCGAUGAUUCCGGCUUUAUUCUGCAAGAUGGCGUCCACAAUUGAUCCCUUUGUGUACGGAUUCGCAAGUAAGCAAUUCAAAGCUGAAUUAUACAGAAAAAUGUUUCAUUUAUGUAAGUCGAGAGAACCGGGAGUAACGAAAAACAUACCAUCUUUUAUAAAAAGAGUUAUUGCUGAAAAUAUUUCAUCUGAGAAGGCAGAUGCGUCAGAUUUCGAAACUGAUCCAAUACACGAGACGUGUUUCGUUGGCUUUGAUGCACCGGACGUUGUACUGAAGCACGGAUGCGAUUUGACGAAAAAUCAUAUAGACAUUCGCAAAACGCAUUCAUUAUCACUCAUAACUGAAAGUCAAAAGAAAGUCAGCGAUAAAAACGAAGGAGAAAUUAGUGAUGACUCCAGUGUCUUAAGAAUGCAUGUUUUCAAACUUCAACAAGUAGAAAAAAUUGAAAUUGAUAAUGAUCUUAUCAGAAUAAAGUCUAGAGGGUCAUUCUAAAGUAUGAUAACAUUCCAUAUUCAACCAUUUGGCCAUAAAAUGAGUCAUUAAAAAACCAUGCUCGCUAAUUGACAUUUUUCUGAAAAAUGUUUUCAUACUUCAUUAAGAAAAACAUUAUAAACCGUGAUCGUAUGCUGACAUUAUUCUGAAAUGUUAUUUCAGAUAUUAUUAUUUUUCCAUUGAAAAAAAUCAUUAUAAAACGUGAUCACAUAGUGAAAUCAUUCUGAAAUAUGCAUUGAGCCAAUUAUUAUAAACCUGACAUCAUUCUGAAGCUAUUAUAUGUUAUCAUUUCCUUGCUGCGCUAUACAUUACAAUAGCAUUUAGUUUUCAUAAUGUUUUUCCCUAUACAAGCAUUGACCUAUACAAUGUUCGUAAUAUUUUAUUAUAAUUAGAAAGUAUUCAGUUUUUGCGAUUUCUCAAUGACAUUAAAGAGAAAAUAUAUUUAAAAAACUUUGUAAUGAACUCUUAGGAUGACUAUAUCCAAAUUUUUAAACUGACAAAACAUAAGCUGUAUCUUCCUGCAAUGUUUCGAAAAAUAUUGGAGAUUGUUGGAUGCCACAGACUGAUAUUUUGCCAACAUUACUUUUAUCAAAUUUAAUAGGCAACUGUAACGUUUUUUAAACAGAUAUUAAUAACUUCAUCCAAACAAAGUGAAUUUAUGAAGCAAAGCUUUGUAAACACUUUUUUUUUGUCUCGUAUAAACUUAUUCACUUGGAUUAAAUCUAAACAAAAAUGUUUGAAAAACAUUUUUACAAUAAUUAAAGAAAUUAAUAAUGCUAACUAAAUUAACCACGCAAUAGUUUUAUUACUACUCUUUUUCUUGAAUUUCCUGUGUUUUUCUAUCUAAUUGUUCAUUGAGUAACCUAUUGUCGAUCAUUAAAUAUUUUCUCAGGAAAAUGAAAGU